CACAACACGGACGUUACAGGAUGAACAUGUGGUGUGUUCCGCACACAGUCUAUAUACUAUUUUAAAAACAAUUGAGUCAUUAUCUGAGAAACCUCUGCGUAUUUUAUUUAUACACUUACCCGAUCUGUCGUUGGCACAUUCGGCUAACAAAACAGGUGAAAGUCAUACAUUACACUGAUUGCUGUACCGAGUAUGGAUGACAUUGAUAGAGAGCUGGAGUCUCUUCAGGACUCGGAUGACAACAGUGACAUCUGUGCUAAAGGACAGAAAAAACCCAGGCUUUCUCUGGGUAAUCCCAUGCCUAGUGAGACAUCAAGGGAAACGGGGUUUCAUCGGAGUACUCGGGUCUGUCUGGAGCACAUCAGAGAAGCUAUGCUGCACCAUAGAUGGCAAGAGGCAGCAGAAUAUAUGGCAUUUUACCCCCAAAUGUUAGAAGACCUAGAUGAAGGCUCCACACCUAAGUAUAAAGAGAUUAUUUGGAGACUCAGCACCGAGAUCCUUCACCAUCACCCCAACUCAACCCUGGAGGAUUACAACAACAUCUAUGAACGAAUGAAACAUGCAGGAGUUAAGCAUUACCUGAUGAUCAGUCUGGAACAUGUUUUCCACCUGCUGCUCCACGGUCACAUCGAAGAUGCAAAGCUUCAGUUUUCUGCCUGUGGGAGUUGGAGGUAUGGGAACAACGUGGCUCAGUAUCAGGCGACUAAACUGAUCCAAGCUUACAGGAGUUUGCUGGAUUAUGUCACCUGGUGCGACAAAAAGCGUACACACUCCUACACUGUCGAUCAAGACGACAGUGUCAGCCGAGAGAUGAGUAACUACUUCAGACAUGCAUCUGCGAAUCUUAAGGAGAUUGUGAAAUACCCCGGUGUCUGGGAUCCCUUCAUACUGAGUUACGUUGAGAUGCUGGAGUUCUAUGAGGAUUACGACACGGCUUUGAAGGUCCUGAAUGACUACGCCUAUGACAACAGCUUUCCACCCAAUCCCAACGCCCACGUCUAUCUGUACCAGUACUUAAAGCGGCGCGAUGCUUCAAGAAAGAGACUGGCGAAAGUGUUGAAGAUCCUCCAUGCGUUGGUCCCAAGCCAUGAGUUGAUGUUGGAGUACAGUUCGCUCCUGCUUCAGUCUGAGAAAAAAACUGACGUCCAAAAGGCUUUAGGAAUCGUUUUGGACAUGUUGGACUUUGCCUGCUGGAGAAACAACCUGGACGCGUGGAAGCGCUUAAAGGCCGUCAUUCAGCAAUUACAGUGUACAGAAGAGAACUGGAAGACGCUUGUCCUUGACACAAUGUCUGGAAGGAAAGACUGGUGGCCAGCGCUGCAUUUUACAAGCUUCCAUGCCAGCAAAGACUCCGUAAACCCAGAGCUGAUGGAGGUGAAAGCAUCGCUGAAGAAAGUCCUCUGUCCAGAUACACUUCUGAAGUACACUGCUGAAGGAGGAACCAGUAAAGAGUGGACAUUAGGAGGGAAGAGGAAGCACUGAGUGUUGCUGAAGUAAUGACAAAGAAAGGACAAACUCAUAAUGGACAAGAACCUUCAAAUAUCUGCUCUUCACAUGAAGGGGAUUUCUUUCUUUUUUUGUGUGUGUUUCCAAAGGCAGAAAUUAACACACAUUAUUGUGAAAUAAUUAUGUAAGGUCAUUAUAGCUGUGAAAAUAUGUAUAUAACCAUGAGUUUUAUCAUGAAGGCACGAGCUGCGUCGUCCACUGUGUGGAGCUGUUGAUCUGUGUGUCUUCAGUGAGCAGCUGCGGGACAUGUGAUCACCUGAUUUUUGACAGAAACUGAAAAUUAUACAGCUCUGUAUCUACAUAUA